CCGGUAGUCGUUAACCCGGCUGUCAGUCAGACAGUCGGUUCAGUCUCUCCGUCGUUACCGGACAGAUCAGCAUCAUGUCAGACCCGUGCUCCUUCUCCUCGUUCACCAGGUGCGUCACCAAACACCUGAACCUGUCCCUGCACGUGGACUUCGACAGGCACGUCAUCAGAGGCCGGGUCGCGCUCACCGUGGAGGUUCUGGAGGACCGGUUCUCCACUCUGACUUUGGACACCAAGGACCUGAAGAUCGUCUCUGUGAGCGCUAAUGGACAAGUGGCGCAGUUUACGAUGGGCCCCAAACACAGCUUCAAGGGGACGCCGCUGGACAUCACGCUGCCCUUCGACCUCUCAAGAGGGCAGCAUGUGAUCGUGGAGGUGACCUACGAGACGUCUCCGUCGGCGUCGGCACUCCAGUGGCUCACGCCUGAACAGACUGCUGGGAAGAAACAACCCUACCUGUUCAGUCAGUGUCAGGCUCAUCACUGCAGGAGUAUGAUUCCCUGUCAGGACAGUCCAUCUAUCAAACACACCUACUACUCCCAGGUGUCUGUGCCUAAGGACCUGGUGGCUGUGAUGAGCGCAAUGAGAGACGGACAGGAAGUCGAUCCUCAGGACAACAACCGCAUCGUCUACAGAUUCAGACAGCCGGUGCCCAUGCCUUCUUACCUGAUAGCCAUCGUGGUCGGCGCUCUGGAGAGCAGGGAGAUCGGGCCGAGGUCCAGAGUCUGGUCCGAGAAAGAGUUUGUGGAUAAAGCGGCGUUUGAGUUCUCUGAGACGGAGACCAUGUUGAAGACCGCCGAGGACCUGGCAGGACCGUAUGUUUGGGGUCAGUACGACAUCCUGGUUCUCCCUCCAUCUUUCCCCUACGGAGGGAUGGAGAACCCCUGUCUGACCUUCGCCACACCAACGCUGCUGGCAGGAGACAAAUCUCUGUCCAACGUGAUUGCUCACGAGAUCUCCCACAGCUGGACCGGUAACCUGGUGACCAAUAAGACGUGGGAACACUUCUGGCUGAACGAGGGUCACACGGUGUACCUGGAGAGGAUGAUCGGCAGGUGUAUGGACAGCGAACAGUUCAGACAGUUUAAAGCUAUGGGGGGCUGGAAGGACCUGCAGGACUCUGUGAACACCUUUGGAGCCAACAACCCUCUGACCAACCUGGUCCCCAGCCUGCAGGACGUCGACCCCGACGAUGCCUUCUCCUCCGUGCCCUACGAGAAAGGCUUCGCUCUGCUGUACCACCUGGAGGAGCUGAUGGGAGGACCAGAGGUGUUCAUGGGUUUCGUGAAAUCCUACAUCCAGAUGUUUGCCUACAGCAGUGUCACUACAGACGACUGGAAGAAUUACCUGUUCACCUACUUCAAAGACAAGGUGGACAUCCUGAACAAGGUGGACUGGAACGCCUGGAUGUUCACUCCCGGGAUGCCUCCAGUCAAACCUCAGUACGACACCACCCUGGCAGACGCCUGCAUCGCUCUGGCCCAGAGGUGGAUCAAGGCCAAAGACCAGGACCUGAGCAGCUUUAAAAGUUCAGAUGUGAAGACUCUGUCGUCCCACCAGCUCAUCGAGUUCCUGUCCCUCCUACUCCAGGAGGUCUGUGAGACCAGGGGCCGGGGUCUGUGAGACCAGGGGCCGGUCUGUAACCAGUAUUAAUGCAAACAAUAACAGUAUGCGAAACCAAUAAUCAAAGCUCUUCUUUUUAUAAGUUUUAAUCUGAAUCAAUAAUUUUGUUUCUGUCUGUAUUUUUGUUUCAUCUCAGGGCAGAAAUAUAAAUAACGAUUUCAUAAAUAAAUAAAACCUGUCUGAAAUAAA